AUGGUUCGUAAUGAGAUUCAGGUUUUGAAAAAAAUAUCUGAGGGCCAUAAAAAUAUUUUGACCUUGCGAGAAUAUUUUGAGACUCUAAAUAAUCGAGAAUUAUUUGAUCGCAUUUGUGCUAAAGGCAGUUAUUAUGAGCGCGAUGCUGCUAAUCUUAUUAAAAGCAUAACAGAAGCUGUUUCUUAUCUUCAUAGUAAUGGAAUUGUUCAUCGCGAAGAUAGCUAUGAAGAAAUGCAAGCUAUCCUUCGAGCUGAUUAUAAAUUCGAACCUCCAGAAUAUUGGGAAGGAAUAACUGAGUGCGAUUUUAUUCGCAGUUUGUUGGUUAUUAAUCCGGACCAACGUCUUACUGCCGAACAGGCGCUUGAGCAUCCAUGGCUCAGAGAACCUCUACCGAGUCCGAUCGGUGUACCGGGUGACUUCGAUUUGUUGCAUAGUGUUCGUACUAAUUUUAAUGCCCGUAAAACAUUUAAGAAGGCUAUCGACACAGUCAAAGCGAUCAACCACCUUAGAACUCAUUCGAGAAACCACAGCCUUGCUAAUUUGUUAGAAACAUCCAAAAAGGAAGCGGACGAAGAUGUUGCUAAUCGUCAGAAUGCACAGUUAAUUUAUGAAAAUCGACAAUUAAAUGAAGAAAAUUCAGAACUAUUAUCCAUAAUUAAAGAAUAUGAAACAACAUUGCAAAUAGUUAUGAAGAAAUUUCGAAUUCAAUCUUGUGAAAUACAACGAAGCAAAUUAGACAUGCAACGAGAUUAUGAAGCACUAUUGGAUGAGGAGCGAGCAACGACAUCACAAGUGUUAUCAGAAAAUGUCACCCUACAAUCAUAUAUUUCCAAUAUCAGUAGUUUAGUCAGGGAAGCUUAUGAUGCUCAAACUGAUUUGGAUACAGAUAUUCUGAUAGAAAGUCUGAAAGUAGAAAAUCAAGGAUUGAAACAAAUGCUAAAUAUUGCUAAUAUUGUUGAUUCCGAAGCUGAUUUACAAAACAGCUAA